AUGUCUUACACUCCUAUUGUUAAAGCCAAUAACCGGAACCUGAGUUAUCUCCUCCUGGUCUCCAUCAUCCUCAGCUUCCUCUCUGUCUUCUUGUUUCUGGGUCGUCCCAAUGAUGUGACUUGUAGAUUACGUGAAACCAGUUUUGGAAUCUUCUUCUCAGUAGCCGUCUCUUCACUUCUUGCCAAGACUGUGAUGGUUUGUGUUGCUUUUAAGUCCACCAAGCCUGGAAGCCCUUGGAGAAAAUGGCUCAGUGUGAAACUACCAUAUACCAUAGUGUCAUUGUGUUCAUCCUUUCAAGCUGUAAUCUGUAUUAUCUGGUUGUCUAUUUGUCCUCCAUUCCAGGACCUGGACACUGACUCUUAUCCUGGGAAGAUCAUCAUUCAGUGUAAUGAAGGCUCAGAUAUCUGGUUCUACUCCAUGUUGGGUUAUCUGGGGCUCCUUGCAGCUGUGAGCCUUGUUCUGGCUUUCAUGGUGAGGACAUUACCGGACAGUUUUAAUGAGGCCAAGUACAUCACCUUCAGCAUGCUGGUGUUCUGCAGCGUCUGGAUCUCCAUGAUCCCGGCUUAUCUGAGCACCAGAGGAAAGAACAUGGUGGCUGUGGAGAUAUUUGCAGUAAUGGCUUCCAGUGCUGGACUUUUAGGUUGUGUGUUUUUCCCAAAAUGUUUUAUUAUUUUGUUUAAAUCUGAAAUGAACAGAAAAGCUGACCUGCUGGGGACAAGAAAGAACUGA